AUGUCUCUAAAAUAUGAAAAGAGGUCUCAUUUAGCUUUUGAAUACGAAUUACCAAAGCAAAAAAAACGAAAGAGAUAUUUUACAGCUGGAGACAAUUUUGUAUUUAUUUCAAAGCUUAGUGAUAAUAGAUACGAAUUUAAACUUUGUGAUACAUUUAAGUCACUAAACUCUAAUGAGAUCAAACUAGAAUUAACAGAAGAAGAACAAGAUUUGUUUAAUCUUCUCAAUGAAUUUGUAUAUUCAACAUCAAUCAAUACAAUUAUGCGAGUAGCUGGUGGAUGGGUUAGAGAUAAGCUAUUGAAUAAACUGGAUAUUUUAAACAAUCUACAACAUGAUAACGGCAAUAUUCAAUCUAAGGAGAAUGCAAUUAUAGAACAUUCUAUUCCGAAAUUUGUCCCAGUUUCAUUAUCGAAGGAUAUUGAUAUUGCAAUAGAUAAUAUGAGUGGUAAAUCUUUUGCUGAGAAGUUUGAUACAUGGUUACAGCAGAAGUAUUCAUAUCCACGUAUUAGUAUUGGAAUUAUUGCAAAAGAUCCUGAUAAAAGCAAACAUCUAGAAACUGCAACAUUGAAAUAUGGAGAGUUUAGCCUUGAUAUUGUCAAUCUAAGAACAGAAACAUAUACUAAAGAUAGUAGAAUACCUAUAAUUAAGUGUGGGUUACCAGAAGAAGAUGCUUUACGUCGUGAUUUCACAAUAAAUAGCAUGUUUUACAACAUUAACAAUGGUAAAUUGGAAGAUUUCACAAAGAAAGGUUUAGAAGAUUUAUAUAAUCAAGUAAUUAGAACACCAUUAAAUCCUAUUCAGACCCUAUUAGAUGAUCCAUUAAGAGUCUUAAGAGCUUUUAGAUUUGCAGCUAGACUACACUUUAGACUAGAUAAUGAACUAUUAGAAGCCUGUAAUGAACCAGCAUUAAAUGAGGCAUUAGCUACCAAAGUAAGCCGUGAGCGCAUAGGGGCUGAAGUACAUGAAAUGGUAACUAAUUUAUCUAUUGGGAAUCCUGCAAUUGGAUUAAGAAUGAUCACAAACUCAGGAUUAGCUGAUUCUGUAUUUAAAUUACCAAAUACUAAAAUUUUUCACUAUAAUGAUAAAAGUAUAUGCGUAAUUCCUCCUAAGAAGUGGUAUGAAUUAGGUCCUUUCGUUGUAGAAAUUUGUCACAGACUAAUUGAACUUUCAGAAUUGAAGGAUGCAUUUAAAAGUAUAUUAGUUUUUGAUAAAUGUGAGAACUGGGUAAUAACCACAUAUGGAGCUUUUUGCCUACCCUUAGCAGAAUACAGAUGCAUAUCAUCUAAAGAUAAAGAAACAACACUUGUUAAGAUGAUUUUAACUGAUUCAUUAAAGCUUCCUAAUAGGAUUUCAGAUGCAGUUUCUACUUUACUUGAAUCUCUUUUUAGUACUUUGCCUCUGAUACUAAACUUUUCCAAUCAAAUACCUACAAAAGAAGCUUUUCUUCAAAGUAAAGAAACAUUGAUAAACUCAAGUAUGGACCAAAAAAUUAGCUAUAGUAGAGGAAUGGAAGACUCUAACCAGAAAGAAAACUCUCCUUAUUUACUUGAUAAUAUUUAUAAGAAAAUUCCACUUUGGUCAUGCUAUCAGAGAUAUAUUAAACAAUUACUGAAUGGAUCUCAGCGUCGUAGAGUUGAACUUGGUUUAUUUGUUCUACAUACAGGUAAAUUUUGGUUAGAGACUCUGUUUAUUGCUUUAGCAAAUGAUUUAGUUCAAGAUAAAUUCACUUCAAAUUAUGAUAAUACUCACAAGAUUUGGACAGAUGCAGAACUUACAAAAACUUUUGAAAAAAAUCACUUCACUCUUCUAAUGCAUGAAAUAUUUGAGUUAGAUCUUCAAAAUGUAUGGAAUAUGAAUUCUUUAAUAAAUGGAGAAAUUUUAAUGAGUAUCUUGCCAAAGAUACCAAAAGGUCCCAUUUUUAGAGACAUUUUAGAUACUGCAAAAAUUUGGAGUUUAGCUUUCCCCAAUAAAUCCAGGUUUGAUUGUAAAUUAUUUCUCAAAACCUUAUUUAAGCAAUAUGUAUGA